AUGUUCGAUGUAGAGCAAGCUCCGUGUCCACACCAUGAGCUGAGGACCAGUGCUGGUGAGGUGUGUUUCCCAGGAGGGAAGAGAGAACCCAGUGACCAAGAUGAUGUGGAUACAGCUCUGAGAGAGGCACAGGAGGAGAUCGGUCUACCACCUGAUGAUGUUCAGGUGGUCUGUACACUGUUCCCAAUCAUCAACAAGAGUGGUCUGUUGGUGACCCCAGUCGUGGGCUUCAUAGAGGAGUCAUUUUGUCCCAAUCCAAACCCCGCUGAGGUCAGUGCCGUGUUCACCGUCCCACUGGACUUCUUCACCAGCCAGAAGGACCACUAUGCUGCCCACGGUGCUGCCGGAUUGGUCGGGCCACUGCACUCGUUUCACUUUGUGGACCCUGAUUCAAGAGGCCAGUAUCACAUAUGGGGGCUGACCGCCAUGUUGGCCAUACUAGUUGCUGCACUUGCUCUCAGGAAAAAACCCGAGUUUGAUGUUGGUUUUGACUCCGAGGAUCCGCUCUCCUUCUUCCAGCAGAUUCUACAUAGAAGACUUAAUAAACUAUGACCAGCUGUUGUCUUUAUUUUAAAUGCAUUUGUGCCACAACAAAGUACCUGUACAGUUACGUAUGUUAACUGUAUUAAUUUACUGUAUUAAUUCUGCAGAUAACGGUGCAGUAUUUGUUAGAAAAGAUUAAUAUAAAGUUGAUUCAUACACUUUUA